GUGCAUACAUACUUUUCGACUCACACAAAGACGUGAAACUUCAAGUCUUGCUAAAUUUUCAAAGAAAGUUUUUAUAAGUUUGAAGUCGUAAUUAUAUUAAAAAUUCUAAUAUUAUGAUUCUUUCGAAUCACUUUUGAUCAAUCUUAACAUCUUUUUAAAUGGCAUCCCCAGACAAUUCCAAAUCAAUAUCAAGCAGCCAUUCGAUUCCAUUUUCAAAGCCCUCGAGAGAUGCCUUUGAGGAUAUGACAGCAUUCACCCCACCGGUAGAAAGUUGGAUUAUAAAGUACCCUAAGAAAGAGCAUCAGGAUUCACGAAAGCCUCGUCGCGUACCAAAAGAAGAAGAACUCGAAGAUCCGUGCAGGAAAUACAUCGAAAGUAGCGAGAUUCCAAUAAAAUCGAACAAGUCUUUAGGAACUGACGAUCAUUUCAAAUCAGCAGUUUGUUCCAAAAAUCUCUUGAAAGCGUGUGAGAAAAUUAUGAGUACAAAGGAUUUCUCGAAGCAUCCAAUGGAAGACGGCGACGAAUUUGAUGCUGAGCUCUCGCUCAUGAAUGAAAACAGUAGAAUGGAAUAUUAUCGACAAAAGCAUUCAGCACGUCGUGGCUCGCAAUCGUUGCCUGCCUCUCCAAAGCUUGAACGAAAACAAACGCCAGAACCGAAAGUUUAUUUAAAAGUUGAUGGGAUUGAUUUUUUAGAAUUUGAAUUGGGAGUCGCAUGA